AUGGAUAUUUAUGUGGUUCGUGCAAAUGAUUUAGCAACCUGUAUGAAAAUAAAUACCGAGAACCAAAUUUUGAAUUUAAAAAAAUCAAGUACAGAAGAAGACAGUUUGUUAAUUGAUAAUGAGAAUGUAACAAAAUUAUGCUUUGAUGAAAGAUUAAGUGUAGUAAAUGAAAAAAAAGAAGUAUUAGGUGAAUUUGUUGGUCAAAUACAGAAAAGUAAUUCAAAUACUAAUUCUGAAUCUUUAAUAAUAAAUUUAAACUCGACUAGUAUUUCCAAGCAUGGAAAAGAAAUUGGUAUGAGUGUAAUAACAUUCACCACAACAAAUUUACUAUCUUAUGAAGAAAAAUGGUCACAAACGUACUCUAAGGAAUCGGCAAUGGAAUGUAAAACAGUUUUAGUUUCAAAUAAAAACAAUGAUGGAAGAAUACAAAUCUGCACGAAUAUAAACAACGGUGAAUUAAUUGAUCAAACCAAAAACAUAAAUUUAAAAUACAUAAAAAGUUUGCUAACCGAGGGUAUGAACUACGCUUUCCUCCGAAAUCUUGCAAUAGUAGGAUUUGAGGGUACCAUUAAAAAUAAAACAGCCAUCACCAUCAACGGAACAUUGUGUAAAACAAUAUACGUAUGUUCAUUAAAAGACAAUUACAAAAUAAAUAAAAUGUCAGUAUCAGUCAUAAUUAUAAAGAGGGCUAUACAAUUAGGAAAAUCUUUUAAAAUUCCAAUUAGAGAAACGAUUACUAUUUUAACCCGUUUGGGUUAUAUAUUAAAUCAUUCAUGGGGUAAAACAAUUAAUCAGAAAUUGAUCAUCAAUAAGUCAAUGCGAAUCACCAAAGAUGGUUUUGUAUAUAACGACAAUAUGACACAUCUAAAGAAUAAUUUGGAUCAAGAUAUUCGAUUCAAAUUAAUGUAUCUAAAUAAAUAUCCUGAAAUGAAAAUAAAGUACAACACUUACAUAAAAAACAACAGAGAUGUGUAUGACAUGAUCAUUGACUAUAUAAAAGCUGUAUUAAUAGCCAAGCCAGAUAAUGUAUUACAGUUUUCAAUCGAUUACUUUGAAGAGUUCUAAAGAAUUUUCAAUACCUACCUAAUUAAUUGUGUGCAUUUAGGUAUAUGAAAUUAUGACUUUUUAAACAAUCAAAAUCGUGCGACAAUAAUGGCCAUUAUUACUCGCAUAUAAUAAUAUUAUAGGCACACAUUACUAUUAAUUGUUCAUACACAAUUAAAUAUCAAUACUUAAGUCCAUAAAUUAUUUCUUAUUCGGAUUAAAUGCAUAAUAAUAAACCUAGUCCUAAAACUCUUCUGAUUGGGAAAGUUAAUGAUCGAUGACUUCUUUCAGUAGGUACUUAUUUAAUCACUUUUCAAACACUAACCGGUCGUAAAACUAAGUAUAAAUUCUCCAAAAGUUUUACAUUGGCUUAAUUAAUUGAAAAAUGGAUGCUGAUAGAAAUUAUUCCUAAUUGUAAUUUUGGCAUAUUUACAGUAGAAAAUUCCUAAUAAAAAUCGUAUAUUCAGUAAAUUUUAGAUUCUGAGUGAAACGAUGAAUGUAUUGAUUUUACAAUGAUGUGUGUUUUUUAUUUUAUUUUUUUUUAUUUUUUUUUUCAUUUUUUUUUUUAUUUUUGUGUCUGUGUACACGAUAAGUAGUCGAAAUAAUGCUUCGAUUUUCGACUUCAGUAUCUUGUUCGAUGGGAAAGUGAAUAUCGUUGGUGCAUUGGGGAGGUCAAAAUUUUAAUUUCCCAGUAGUUUUCAAAAGCGAUGUGAAAAACAAAAGAAAAAUUAAGGAAAAACGGGAAUUUUUACGCAAAAUCGAUUUUUAACAAAAUCGAUUUUGGUUAUUGGUGUAACUCUAAAACAAAUGACCGUAGAUGCAUGAAAUUUUCACUGGUUGUUUAUAUUUGCAUUUUCUAUACACAAUACAAUUUUGAAAAUAAUUUGACUUUUUUUGAACUGUUUACGGACAUUGUCAGUUUUCAGUUUUUUUAAAUUUUUUUUCUAUAAAUAUCAAUAAAAUUUUAUUUGUUGGGUAAAAAAGCUUGAAAAUUUAAUAGAAGGCUCCUAGGUUAUUGUUUCAAAGGCAGAUGAAAAAAAUUAAAAAUCCUUAGUCACAGUUUUUUUUUAUACACGUUUAAAGUUCAAAUCUUGAAAAAAUACGGAAAAAUCACGAAAAUUUGCAAAUUAUUUUGAGUUAGAAAUUCAUAAAAAAUUUUCUUUUUAAAUCUAAGAUUUUAAAAUCUAAUACAAGAUUCCUCAUAAGUUUGUCUAACUUUAUCAAAAAAAAAAUUUCUACAAGAAAGUCAAAUUAAAUUUUUAUGAGCGUUUUAAAUUCAUAUUUUUACAACAUUAGAUAUUCACUCGAUUUCUCAUGUACCGAUUUCCUUAUUUUCUAGUAAUUCAAAAACGAAUAACUGUAGAUACAUGAAAAUUUCACUGAAUGUUUAUAUUAGCAUUUCCUAUACACCAUACAAUUUUGAAAAUAUUUUGACACUUUUUGAGCUGUUUACGGGCAUUUUCAGUUUUCAAUUUUUUUAGUUUUUUUUUCUAUAAAUAUCAAUAAAGUUUUAUCUGUUGGGCCAAAAAGUGUAAAAAUUUAAUACAAGACUCCUGAUAUAUUUUUACAAUAGCAGUUGAAAAAUAUUGAAAAUACAUAGGCACAGUUUUUUUUUAUAAGCAUUUAAAGAUCAAAUUUGGACAGAAUUUAUCAAAUUUAUAAUUUAAUAAUUAUUUUGUAGUUAAAAAUUUAUAAAAUGUUCAACUUUUAUAGCUAAGGAUUGAAAAUUGAAAACAAGGCUCCACGUAAAUAGGUUAUUUAUAAAUUACUUUAUUCACAAUAAUAUCAUCAAAUAUACUUGGUAAUAUCAUAGGCUGACUGACCGUUUUCGCUCAGAAUCGUUUUUCUUAUACAAUGAUAUUAUAUCAUUGAAUUCAAAUUUAACACCAUCCAUUACAGUGACCCACUUGUAACCUACUGUACAGCAGAGCGACAUCCACUUAUCCACCUUUUUUUUUAUUUUAACCUGAAAAUAGCUUAAAAUUGUUGUGUAUGUACAUAUUUUAUUGCCAAAUACCAAUUUAAUAUUAACCAAAUAAAUAUAAGUACGUAAUAUUUAACAGAAAUUUUACGUUUUCAAUUUACUAAAUAACCUUUAGUACCAACCAAUUCCAAUUUCUAAACUACGAGUAUAAAGAAGCUUUACAGCCACUGACCUAAAAACUCAAUGGUCAAACGUAAAUUUCGCCCAAUACAUUGCAGGUAUAAAUGUCUAUGUACCUAUAGCAAAUUGCACCCAGAAGAGACUAAUAAGUAUUAAUAACUAGUUGA